AUGGAGAUCGGUAGUCAAGGGGAGAAGAUGACGGUAAAUAUGGCCAGAAUAAUAAUGGAGAUCGGUAGUCAAGGGGAGAAGAUGACGGUAAAUAUGGCCAGAAGAAUAAUGGAGAUCGGUAGUCAAGGGGAGAAGAAGACGGUAAAUAUGGCCAGAAGAAUAAUGGAGAUCGGUAGUCAAGGGGGAAAGAUGACGGUGAAUAUGGCCAGAAGAAUAAUGGAGAUCGGUAGUCAAGAGGAGAAGAUGACGGUAAAUAUGGCCAGAAGAAUAAUGGAGAUCGGUAGUCAAGGGGAAAAGAUGACGGCUGCACCCACUCUGUAUCCGCUGCGCCCCCUCAGUACCCGCUGCACUCCCUCUGUACUCGCUGCACCCCCUCUGUACUCGCUGCACCCCUCUGUACUCGCUGCACCACCUCUGUACCCGCUUCACCUAUCUGUACUCGCUGCACACCCUCUGUACUCGCUGCACCUAUCUGUACUCGCUGCACCCCCUCUGUACUCGCUGCACCCCUCUGUACUUGCUGCACCCCCUCUGUACUCGCUGCACCCCCUCUGUACUAGCUGCACCCCUCUGUACUCGCUGCACCACCUCUGUACCCGCUUCACCUAUCUGUACUCGCUGCACACCCUCUGUACUCGCUGCACCUAUCUGUACUCGCUGCACCCCCUCUGUACUCGCUGCACCCCUCUGUACUUGCUGCACCCCCUCUGUACUCGCUGCACCCCCUCUGUACUCGCUGCACCCCCUCUGUACUCGCUGCACCCCUCUGCACCCGCUGCACACCCUCUGUACCCGCUGCACACCCUCUGUACCCGCUGCACCCCCUCUGUACUCGCUGCACCCCCUCUGUACUUGCUGCACCCCUCUGCACCCGCUGCACACCCUCUGUACCCGCUGCACACCCUCUGUACCCGCUGCACCCCCUCUGUACUUGCUGCACCCCUCUGCACCCGCUGCACACCCUCUGUACUCGCUGCACCCCUCUGCACCCGCUGCACACCCUCUGUACUCGCUGCACCCCUCUGCACCCGCUGCACACCCUUUAUACCCGCUGCACACCCUCUGUACUCGCUGCACACCCUUUAUACCCGCUGCACCCCAUCUGUACCCGCUGCACACCCUUUAUACCCGCUGCACACCCUCUGUACCCGCUGCACACCCUUUAUACCCGCUGCACACCCUCUGUACCCGCUGCACACCCUUUAUACCCGCUGCACACCCUCUGUACCCGCUGCACACCCUUUAUACACGCUGCACACCCUCUGUACACGCUGCACACUUUUUGUACCCGCUGCACCCCCUCUGUACCCGCUGCACACCCUUUAUACCCGCUGCACACCCUCUGUACCCGCUGCACACCCUUUAUACACGCUGCACACCCUCUGUACACGCUGCACACUUUUUGUACCCGCUGCACCCCCUCUGUACCCGCUGCAACCCUCUGUACCCGUCAGUCUGUAUGUUUUACGAUAA